AGAACCAAGAGGCUGAAGAAGGAAGCAGAGAAGUGCUAAGAAAUACAGAAGAGGGGGAUGUGGUGAGCGGCCCCUGGGGGAGGGGUUCCAGCUGCAGCAAGAGAGACACCCAGAGGGACGGGGCCAUGUGGCUGCCAUCGGCUUUGCUGCUGCUCUCUGUCCCAGGCUUCUCAUCUCUGAGGGGCCCCAGCACUGUGACAGGCACCGAGGGGGGAUCCCUGAGCGUGCAGUGCCGGUAUGAGGAGAAAUACAAGGCAUUUACCAAAUACUGGUGCUGACAACCAUGCUUGCUACUUUGGAACCAGAUGGUGGAGACCAGAGGGUCUGAGGGAGAGGUGCGGAGUGGCCGUGUGUCCAUCAUGGACCAUUCUGCAGACCUCACCUUCACAGUGACCUUGGAGAACCUCACUACAGAUGAUGCAGGGAAAUACAGAUGUGGGAUCGCGACAAUACUGCGAGAAGAAGGACUCAAUGGCUUCCUGCCCGACCUCUUUUUCCAGGUUCAAGUGUUUGUUUCCCCCAGGUCCCUGCCUGACCGCGUCCACUUCCUGCUCCUCAUAUUCCUGAAGGUGCCCCUGCUUCUGAUUAUGCUCAGUGCCGUCCUCUGGGUGAACAGGCCUCAGUGGGCAAUUUGUGGGAAACACAGUCAGCCUGAUGACGACGGCCUACAGCCCUCCUUGCCCAUCGAUAUCCUGUCCAGAGACAUCACUGUUCAGACUAGAGAAGGAGGAACUUCUGCCCCCAAACUUUAUUUCUCUUCUCACAUUAUUGCCAAAAACUUGUAA